AAUUAGAAUGUCCCCAAAACCAAUUCCUUGAACAAACCCAGAAAGCUCAUCAAUUGUUGGUCAGGCAAAUCGCUAGAGAACUGAUUCUGUUCCAGGUACAAGUCUAAAAGUGUUGAAUUUUUGAAGAUUAGAGAAAUUGACUUGAAAAAAUAAACUUAUUGGAAAGAUGAGAAGAAACAAUGGAGGAAAUUACACAAACCCAUGUCUAACAAUGCACCAACCUUGGGCUUCUCUCCUCGUUUUUGGCAUUAAACGAGUUGAGGGUCGAUCAUGGCCUUCCCCUAUUCGAGGUCGACUUUGGAUACAUGCUGCUAGUAAGGUCCCUGAACCUGAAACUAUUAAAGCAAUGGAGGACUUCUACAAAGAAAUCUAUGCAGUGAAUGGAAUAAAAGACCUCAAGUUUCCAGAUAAUUAUCCAACUUCACGGCUGAUAGGUUGUGUGGAGGUGGUUGGAUGUAUAACAUGUGAAGAGCUGCAAAACUGGGAGGAAUUGCCAGAAGGGGUCAGAUUGGAGGGACAAACAGAUUAUUGCUGGUUAUGCGAGCAGCCACAGAAACUGAUUAUCCCAUUCGAAAUGCGAGGGCAACAGGAUGUUUACAAUUUGGAGAGGAAGAUAUACGAGGCAGCAGUAAGAGGUCUGCGUCCAGUUGAAGCUCCAUACCCUGUCAAGUUUCCGCUUGUAGAUUCUCAAGAUCCUUUCUCACUGAAACCUGGAUCACUUACUUGUCUCUCUGGAACCUCCAAGGCUUCUAAACUGGAAAUUUCAUCUGGUCUUAAUAACGUUAUAGCUGGUGCACGAGUGGCUGCAACACAGUUCUCGAAAGAAAAUAAGGGUGAUUCCAGUGUAGACUCUGACGCAGGUAUUCCUGUUUCUUCAAGGACAAGGAAUAAAUUGAAGGGUAUAACACAGAAUGAAGAAGACGUGUGUCAUGAUGCAGAGCCUAACUCAGUUACUGAGGACUUAAAAUAGCAGUAGCAGUAGCAGUCAGUGACAGAGAAAUCAGUCUGAAUGAUAAGGAUUCUCCUACUGAAACUCUCUGUCUGAAAAAUGAAGAUACCGCUUUGAGGACUGGCGAUUUCUGCAUUACCUGGUAUGCAUAAUUUCCCCUUUGGAACUUUUUUAGUACCUCAACUCAAUGCCUCUGCACUUGCUGUUUAACUCCGCUCUUUAUAGCAGUGACUAGAGGUCAUCAAAACAUAGAAAUUAUGGAUGAGGUAUAAGUUAUCACAUUGAAAUUUAGCAGAAUGGGGACAAUAUAGAUGGAAAAAAUGUCGUAGUGCCUGUGAUAUAAUUGUGUUAAAAUUUAUGUUUGGUGAAAAAUUUGAAAAUAAAAAUUCAAAAUCUUGUUGAAUAAGUGUUAUAUACAGCUCUUCCUUUUAUCAUGUUAUAUGCUGUAUUUUUCCAUGUUCUUUAAGACAUUUUCUUAACAAUCACGUCAUUUGAGAGGAUUUUCUAUUUUUAGUUGGAGUGGUAGAUACUAUGAUUUGAUUUUGCAAGGAAAAUUAAACCAAAGUUGCAGAAUUAGAAAACUUAUCAUUGUGAACAAUCUGUAGGGCCAGAAUUUGGGCGUGUACAUACUAUUCUAGUGUGCUAGAGUUAGAAUCUUAGUUUAAACCCCUUAAUUUUUUUGUAUGGUUGAUGCAUUAUUUCAUGUAAUUUCGUGCCCCAGAACCAAUAAGAAGUAAUUGGAAGUUGCCAUAUAAGUGUACAACUCUGAAAUCUCGUUUACAAAAUUUAUCACUUAUUAUUGCUCCCCAAAUCCUCUGUUCAAAUUUGUUCAAGCUUUUAUAACUCCAACAAACCUUUCAUUAAAAGGUAGACAUAUAUAGUAGUGUUCUGGUUAGUAAUUUAUUUUAACCUGCAACACGAAAACUUUGUGUUUGUUAAGAAUUUGUAUAAAUGGAACCCAUUUUUCUUCUGUUUUGAACCAUCACACCAACACAAGGGUUUCCCCUUAUAAGACAAAAAAUGUCUGGAAAAUACUUGCUGCUCUUGCUCCUGAUUGUUGUUUUAAUCACCACUGGUUGUCUUGCCCAUCAUGACGACUACAAAGAUGACAAGAAGCCGCCUGGGGAAAAACCACCCAAGGAUGAUCAUAAACCUCCCAAGGAUGAUCAUGAACCUCCUAAGGAUGAUCAUAAACCUCCCAAGGAUGAUCAUGAACCUCCUAAGGAUGAUCAUAAACCUCCUAAGGAUGAUCAUGAACCUCCUAAGGAUGAUCAUAAACCUCCCAAAGAUGAUUAUAAACCACCUGCCAAACAUGACAAGAAGCCACCCAUGAAGAAGCAUCCACCUGAAAAGAAGUACCCAGUGCCACCCUACGAACCACCCUCCGCAGUUUGAAAAUCAUCAAAUCAAUGCCUCUGACUUAAAAUCCAGUUUGCAAAAUAAGACUUGUUGUGGGCUUCUUUUAUGUGUGUCUUGCAGUCAUGCUCCAUCACUUGUGGUGUUGGAGUUUAUUUUGAAGCACUCUUGUGUUAUAGUAUUGGAUGAUAUCCUUUAUGUUUGGUUGUUGAAAUGUUUUAUGUUUAUGUGUGAAGUGGUUUUUACCCCAUCUAUUGUGCUCCCUGCAUUAUACAUUGAAUAAUUUUAGGAAUAUUUACUCUGCUGUUUCUUUCUUUCUUGUACUUCUUAAGGAAGAGGGUGGGGGUGGGGGAUUUUGAUAGUCAGAGGUGGGAAACGAAGAGCAAAACCAUGCAAUGAGCGAGUUACAGGAGGUCAGGUUAGAACAAUAUAGUCCAGGGAAGGGCAAACCCUUUGGGUUUCAGUGUUUCACUAGUCAACACAACCAAUUAAACUGUUAAAUACGAAGUACAAUGCUAAAUACUACUCCCUCCGUCCCAUAAUAGUCUUUUUAUAUAAUUUGCAUGAUUACAAAUUUUCUCAUCAAACAAUCAUUUUAUCUGAAAUUAGUCGUAAUAUAUUUUUUUUUCUUUUCGGAUGCUCCUUUGCGCGGGAAUCAAUUUGCCGGUGUAAAUAUUCUUCCAAGACAUUUAUGCCAAGGACAAUGUAUGAUAAUGAUGGUAUAAGUUUUGUUCCUUAUGGUGGGAGUUAUCGUCGCUGCUCAAUGCCUCGCUGAACGUCAUCAGCAUGAUCAUCGCAAAACAUCUCCACGACACAGGGCAAUUGAAACCUGUAAAAAAACAGCAGAACACAGCAGAUCAAUAAAAGCACCCAAGGCAGAGAAGAAAAAACCUCCAGUUCCUCAUGAUAAAGAUAAGGCACCAAAACAUGAAACCCACAAAUCUCCUAAAAAAGGCGCUACUAAACCACCUGUUGGACAUGAAACAAAAUCGCCUCCCAGUAAACAGGAUCUACCUGCGAAGAAGCUUCCCCCUCCCGGAAAGAAGCUUUCCCCAAUGCCGCCCCACAAACCACCCACGACAUCUUAAAGAUCUUCGUACAUGAUUUUUAUCUAGAAUAAGAAACAUCCUUGGCACUAUAUCAGCAAUUCUUCUUUACUUUAUGGUUAUCGAGCUAGUAUUUUGUUCUACUAAUUGCAUGUCUAUGCUGAAAUGGAUUUAAAGUAUAAAACCAUUGAUGUUUGAAUUGA